CUUUUAAAGAAAUUUAGAUUAUUGCAGAGUACUUUAACCAACAAGAUUAAGAAUACUAUGUUUGCUGUAUUUGAGGAUCUUUUAGUCCCUAUUAAUAAUAAAGCAAAACCUAAGAUCGUACUUGAAUGGAAACAAUCUAAUGAAACUAAAUCCUGUGAUGCAACUCAAGAAAAAGUUGCAUAUGCUAUAGCAGUUUGCCAAAUAAUGCUUGAUUCAAAGCAAGAUAGUUUAAUAAUAUCAGAGAGCAUUAUAAAAUAUAAACUUUCAAGAAAUUUGAGAAAGUUAGAAAAUAGUGAAGAAUUUUCUCCAUCUGAUUCUGAUAAAGAAACAUCAAGUUCAGAAGAAAGUGAAAUUUCAGAAGAUUCCAAAAAA